AUUUAUUAUAAUUAUUGUUAGAAAAAAUAAGCUUAUUUUCGUAGUAUUUGGAGCACAUUUUUUUAUUUCGCUAUUGAUCCAUGCUUCCUGUGUAAACAAUUAUAAAAACAAACGCGGGUAGUUCGAAAAACAUCUGCUGAGUUGCCGGCACGUUUUGACCUCUUAAUUUUAUCUUUAUGUAUAAAAUUAGAGACCGGUCUUAGUGCGUCCCAAAACAAAAUACAUAUAUGUUUGAAAUUACCUAAAAUGAGAAUAAAUACACGUGUUCUGUCGUCGGCUGCUGCGAUAGCGAUAACAUGUGUUGUAUCCGCAGCUGCAUAUUAUUACAAGAGGCGUAAAGGAGAGGUUAAUGAUGUGAUGGUGUUCUGUAAACUCCAAUUUAAUGCUUACAACUACUUUGACAAACUAUUAAGCUUUAUAGAAUCAGCAAAAGAAAGCGUUAACGUUUGUAUGCCCGGUAUCCAUAAUCCAGUGAUACAGGGUCGUUUGGUUAAGCUUUUGAGGGAGAAGAACAUCAAAGUACGAAUUAUCAUGGACCGGACAGGAUAUAAUGAAUCCACCGAAUUUUUUAUUAAAGAGCUUAUAGAUUCAGGUGCCGAGAUUAGAUGCAAGGCUAAUGACCCUUUAUAUACGAUGCAACACAAAUUUUGCUUGGUCGACGAUAGGAUUCUCAUGACGGGGACAUUAAACUGGGGCAACGAUCGUUCAUUUGAUCACUGGAAUUACGUGUAUAUUACAAGUAAAUUACAACUCGUUGAACCAGUCAAAGAUGAAUUUUAUCAAAUGUGGGAUGCAUCUAACAAUGUCGAACAUGUAUGUGAUGCACAAAUGUAUGAUAGCGACGCCGAAACGGUAGAGAUCACCAAUUUAGACGAUAUUUCGGGUGAAAAUGGAGUUGAGGUUGGCAACACUACGACGGAAUUUCCCCCGAAAUCAAAAACUACGUCAGAAGAAACUUCCGCGCUAGAGUUUAUUUCGUUUGAAAAAAUACACUAAUUUAUUUUAAACUAGUAUAUAUUAAACUUAAUCUAAUAAUAUAUUUUAAAUUAUAUUGUAUCUGUACAUAGUGUAAAUCACAUAGAUUAUAAUAAAUAUAUGAA